ACGUACUGUCCUAUACCUGAGAAUAUUCAGUGGACGUAAACAAGGGUAUCUCCCUAGAAGAUGUACUACCUGUAGCCAUCAUAUUUGUUUUCAACUGUAAGCUCGGAAUAUGGUCCACUUCAAAACAUGCUCCUCGUCUUCCGUGGACAGAGGUUGGGCUUGGGUCAUUUUAUUCGGAAGCACAGUUGAGUACUUCAUAACAGUUGGCAUGUUCAAAACCUUCGGAAUUUUCUUUGUCGAAUACCAGAGGAAAUACUCAACAACUUCCUCGGUGAUUUCUUUAGUCCUGGCGGUACAAACAAUCGUAGGAAGUGUUAGCUCCCUUCUAAUUAUGGGUGUCGGGAUGCGUUACAUCGGAAAGAGGCCUCUGAUAAUGGUUGCAGCACUCUUUGGACUGUGUUCAAACAUUGGAAAUGCAUUCGCACCAGACCCUUUUUUUCUGUUCUUUAGUCAGAGCACAUUGUAUGCGUUAGCGGUUAGUUGUGCUCAUCUUCCAUGUACCAUUUUAUUAGGAGAGUAUUUCGAGAAACGGAGAGGACUUGCAAAUUCAGUUGCAAAUCUGGGAGCAAGUAUUGGAGGAUUGGCUUGGCCUCCUCUGGUUGUCUUCUUAAUCGGUGAAUACGGCUUACGGGGGUCUCUUAUAAUAGUUGGUGGUCUUUAUUUGCAAUUCCUUCCUAUUGGGUUGUUGAUGCGGAAAAUAGAAUUGGACAAUACAGUACCAGAAAUUGACGAGAAGCAAAAUAGAAUUUCUAAUUUAGUUGAUAAUAAAAUUGCAAAAGAAAUGACGUUUUCAGAAAGUUUUGACGAGAAUACGUACGUAAAUAAGACUUUUGACGAAAAUGAUGAUUCUUUAUUCUCGAAAAAAUCUUUGGAUGAACAUUCAAAUCGCAACGAAAAAUCUCAAUCGAUUGAAAUGAGUGAAGAUGGAAUCAACAUAAAGGUUAAGUCUUCGAUUAAAACCGUAAAUUCAGAAAAUAUUUCAUCGGUGGUACAACCAAAAUGUGAUCGAGAUACUAGUUCGAAAAUGGAUAAACCCCGUCAUGUUAAAAACCAAGGGAAAUUGAGAUCUAUAUGUCAAACUUUGUUUGACUGGUCUUUAUUGCGAAACGGACGUUUCCUUCUUCUUAUGACCUCGUCUUUCCUCGUUGCAGCUGCCAGUGCAUUACCUAUUACAUUCAUUCCGCCAUUUGCAGCCGACAAAGGACUUGAAAUGUCGUCUUUGGGAUAUCUUGUAGCUAUAGCAGGUGCGAGUGACAUCUUUGGGAAUAUUGUGUUUAUCUUCAUAAGUGACAACAAAAAAGUACAACGGUAUCAUAUGUUUUCUAUUGCAAUGACAGCCAAUGGUGUCUUGUGUCUUUUUGCUUCAUUUUAUACAAAUUUUAUGUCCUUGGCUAUAUUUGGGAUCCUGCAUACAGUACUUGGAGGAGCCUACUUCUGUCUCAUUAAUGUAUUAGUUGUCGAUUUUAUUGGAUUGAAUAAUAUUCAGUACGGAGUUGUUAUUGCAUCAGUCACAAAAGAUGUAUCGAUUGCAAUAACGUCGGCUCUUGUAGGAAUGAUCCGGGACAUCACUGGAUCCUAUGUAGGCGGGUUCUAUAUUUUUGGUACCUGUUCUAUUGUAGGCGGAUUGCUUUUGCUUGUGAAGCCCUUUGUAUCUGUUUAGAACUGAUAUAUCCGUUUCAUUAAGGAUUAUGUAUAUUUGCUUUGUUUGCUGGAACGCUUUACCGAAGCAUGCGCAACAUAUGAUGCUGUAAGAAGUGAUUCUUAUAUCAGAAUGAUAUUGAAAUCACGUAAGAAUGAUAUAAAAUUUGAUUCAUAAAAAACUAUUUGAUCCCAAUAAUAUGAUUCUGAUAUGAUAUGAUAUGAUAAGUUAUGUAUAUCAAAAUUAUAUAAGAAUCAUUUAUAGGCAGUUGAUGCUGAUAUAAAGUGGAUUUUAUAUUAGAUUGAUAUUUAUAUCACAUAAGAAUGAUAUAAAAACUUGUUAAUAUAAGAAUUUUAUAAUCCUUAUCUUAUGAUUCUGAUAUGACUUGAAUUCUGUGAUAAUUACUUCAUAUAGGAAUCAUAUCAUGAAAAGGAAAUGUAUAAAUAUUAUUUAAAAUACACUGGGUCAUGAUGAUUAUUGGUUUGAUAAGAAAAUUUGUUUGAAUUUAUGAGAGAAUUAAAUAUUCAAUGAGCUGAUUUUCUAUUGCCUUUAAGUAUAGGAGGUAAACAUUGUAUGAAUUUUGAUUAUUUUUUUGUUGUUUAUGUUUUAUGAAUAACGUCACUAUUAAUAAAUGCAUAUAUAAAUAGAAUAUUAUUAUUUUUUUUUAAAUCAUAUAAUCAACUAAAGCACGAUGUAAUACCGGAAUUAAACCUGAAUCGGCUUUGAUUUUGUCGUUCACAUGUAUAUGUCAUAUUUUUGCGGCGAAAAAAAAAACUGCACGAGGAUUUC